CGAUAUCAUUUUCUUUUAUAAAUAUUCAAAACUGACCAACCUGGAGACACCGUGUAUUGAGAGUAAUCCAAUGGCAGAUGUCGAUGACGACUCAGACGACAAUAUGACUGCCAACAGAAGGAUUUCACCUCUUAGACGAUGGGUAAACGAUAACUUUUUGCUGCUGCUAACUACCGCAGGAAUUGUCAUCGGUUUCAUUGUAGGGUUCGGUAUCCGAGAGGUAAACGCCUCUCCCGAGCUUCUCACCUGGAUUGGUAUGCCGGGGGAACUGUUCAUCAGGAUGUUAAAGCUGAUGAUCUUACCUCUUAUUGUCAGUAGUGUAAUUACAGCCUCAGCAUCUCUGGACGCCAAAUGUAACGGUCGCAUAAGUUUUGUGGCGUUUAUCUUCAUCAACAUCACGAAUGUACUCGCCUGUGUCAUAGCUAUCAUAUUUGCCAUUGCUUUGAAACCAGGUGUUGGAGCGAGUCCAGAAACAACAGAAGCGAAAUCCACAGCUUUUGUAGAGACGUCGGAUGUGUUCGCUGAUUUACUAAGAAAUAUAAUGCCAGACAACAUAAUAGAUAUGACGUUCCGACAAACGCUUACUCAAAAUGACGUCAAAUAUGAGACAUAUUUAAGGAAUAUAACAAACGGAACUGUUGAGGAGAGCACCAGGACAAUACAGAAAAGUGUAGGGAAAACAUCAGGGACCAAUCUACUCGGUAUAAUUAUGACAUGCAUGCUGGUGGGAAUAGCUUUGAGCAAACGAAAGGAAACAGGAAAACCAGUGUUGGACUUUUUUGAAUCACUGGCUGACAUUUUUCUGACAAUACUGCGAUGGUUGUUAUGGUUUACACCAGUGGGAACUAUGAGUUUGAUUGCAUCCUCUAUAGCCACUAUAACACAACUAGAGGAGAUGUUUCGAGCCCUAGGGCUUUUCGUUGGUGUUGUUAUAGCGGGCAUUGUUCUUCACCAGGUCGUUAUAAUGCCAUUGAUAUUUUUUGCUCUUACUCGCCGGAAUCCAUAUAGAUUUGCGUUACAAAUCAGUAAAGCAUGGAUGAUUGGAUUUGCAUCCACCAGCACAGCGGUUGCCAUUCCGGAGAUGUUGUCCGCCUGUGAAGAGGACCAGAAAGUUGACAAACGGGUUAGCCGGUUCGUCAUCCCUUUUUGUGUCACGCUGAACGCCGAUGGCAGUGCUCUUUAUAUCACGGCGGCAGCCAUGUUUAUAGCCAAUAUGGCAGGGGUCAGUCUGAGUUUUGGUGAUAUGCUUACUAUAGGCAUUUUAACUGCAAUUUGUUCAAUGGCGAUACCUAGUGUACCAAGUUCUAGUAUCGUUACCUUGGUAAUGAUCCUGACUUCUAUGAACAUCCCAGCGGAAUCCAUUUCUCUCCUGUUUGCUGUUGAGUGGAUACUAGACAGAAUUCGUACUACUAGCAAUGUAGUAAGCCACACACAUUGUGCUGUUGUGACCCACCAAUUGUGUAAAAACACUCUGGAGAUGUUCGAUAUAUCAGAAAAGAAGAAUAAUCAAGAAAAGCAGACAGUCAUAGACCUGGUGAAUAAUGACCACCAUCUGAACUAGAUACCGGGACCUCUCAGGAAAGACCAUUACUUUCUGGGAAAUAUUGGUGCAUUUGUUUUCUCAUAGAGAUACUGAACACGAUAGAUAUGUUGAACAGGAUUAGAGCUCGGUAUAUAUAAACC